AUAACGAGGCCGUACAAUUCUUGGAAAUGUUAGGUUCAAUUUCGGUUCAUUUCGUAUAACGACAACUACUUCCUGGUAAGUCUCGUCAAGAAAUCAAAGGACUACUCGGCUGUUAUAAUCAAAGAAGUUUCUGCCAGCAUGGAAUUCUCAAUUUCGGAACAAUGGAACGGUGAAAAAAUAGAUCAUGAUCCAGUUAUUCUCAAACUCAGUACUACAAACGAGGGUUCGGUAUGCCUCGAAGUAGAUGCACCGUUUUUUGACGAUCCAAAGCCAGAGGGGCCUGCUGGCAGGCCUUUCCCCCAGCUUUGGGAUUAUGAAGUUGUUGAAGCAUUUUUUCUUGGAAAAGAUGACAGAUAUCUAGAGGUUGAGCUUUGCCCGCAUGGACAGCAUUUGGUUCUUUUGCUCAAUGGGAGGCGGAAAAUGAUCAAGGAUGAGCUCCCCUUGGAAUAUAGCAGCCAAAUUGACAAAGAAAAGAAAAGAUGGGCUGGGAAAGCAAGGAUACCUUCCUCUUAUUUCCCACAUUUUGUCAGCAAGUUCAAUGCCUAUGCCAUUCAUGGUGUUAAUGAGAGAAGAACAUAUGAAGCUCUCUACCCAGCAGAGAAAGAUAAACACUCAGAGCCAGAUUUCCAUCGCCUGGAAUAUUUUCAGCCUAUUGAUGUCAGUAGUAUACUACAACACAACGAAGUUGAAUCCGAUGUUUGGAAAGAAGCCUUAUUAAAGUAAAGAAGCCCAGAAACAGUAAGACUUUGAACUAUAAUUAAAACCUCAUGAUUGAUAGAAGAAGGGCAGGCAUUCCCUGAAUUGAGAUUUCAACUAUAAAUUAACAAACAGAUAAAAGUUAUUUUCGUUAAAAAGUA